GGAGCUUCGUAGUUCCAGUUUGUUUCGAGCGAGACGUGUUUUGUGUUGGCCUUUCCAGUACUCAACGCGUUGCUGGUUGGUGAAGUUGGCCCGGUUGACUGGUUGAUUGUUCGGCUAGUUAAUCAACUAUGCAGUACUAUGAAGAUCCAUGUGGCUGUCCUCCUCGCCAUCACCAUGGUCGUCCAAAUAUCGAAAUUGAUGUGGUUCCCGGUUGGAGUGGCGGCUACUAUCCGCCGCCGCCUCCGCCUCGGCCCACCGAGGUUGUCUACAUGACCCCGGCGGCCACCUAUGUGCCCGGCGCCCAGGUGAUGAUGCCGCAGCCGUACGGUGGCGUCACGAUGGCCACCAAUGGAUACUAUCCACAGCAGCAGCAGGCCUACGAGUACCAGUACCAGUAUCAGCAGCCCUACAACAAUCCACCGUAUCCGCAGUGGUGAACGAGUUCGGACUGGGAAACUAACCAUCACUUCAAUGUUCCACGACCACUUACAAAUAAAAUGUACUAUCGAUAGAGUGUAAGGAGCGAUAGAUAGCAGGAAAAGCAAAACAGAUAUCUCUUUGUCUUAAUCUUAAGUUGAAUUGGCAACGCAGAGUGGUGCAAUUGUGUUGAUAAUGGGUUCCUAGGCAAUAAGUGCCAUUGAGGUUACAAAUUUGAAAGCAACGGAAGG